UCCGUUCGCUCGGAAGAGUCAACGCUGCCAAGGAAACACACAUGCAGAUACAGUCAGCAUCGGACACACACACACACACACACAGAGCCUCAAACCCCAAACACACUGUCAAAUGACUGCUAUUCACAUCAGCAUAAUGCGAAAACCGUGCAGCCGGGGACUACAGGAAGCUAUGUGAGAAGGAAAAAGACGAAACAAGAAGAAGAAAACGGAGACGUAGCGAAAAGUGCGAGAUAAGCGCGUGCCUAACGUCUGCGGCGUGAAGCAAGACUGGGCAGCAGCCUAUGAUCAAUAGCCUUUCUCUGUGGGAAGGUGUCUAAGCGCUAGGUCAUAGGUGAUCAUGGAUGAUGUCAAUCGAUUGAUUUAUGUCAUUAAUCUUGGCUCAGAGCUUGUUACAAGUCCAUCAGCGUUUGGAUGCAGUUAACAGCCUAAAAAAGUCAAGCUGGACUACUGACCCAUCCUACUGGCUUGGCAAUUAAUUAUAUGGGAUGAUUGAUUAACAUCAACAGCGACGUGUGAAGCCAUUUUCAGAGUUUCCAAUUAGACCAGGUCUAUACAGAGGCUUGUGAUUUUAGCACAUCCAUGUGACUUUCACAGCACAGACAUAACCUGCAGUGUAUUUGGAGGACUGGCUGCAGGACAAGAGGACUAGGGGGAAAAUCUUCUACUCAGUUUGCUCUCAAAUAAGUAUAUCACAAUGCCACUGGUAAAGAGGAGCAUUGAGCCCAGGCACCUGUGCAGGGGAGCUCUUCCUGACCGAGUGUCCAGUGAGCUUGAGUGUGUCACCAACAGCACUCUGGCCGCCGUCAUCAAGCAGCUCGGUAGCCUCAGUCGCCAUGCAGAAGACAUCUUCGGGGAGUUGUUUAAAGAAGCCAACAGUUUCUGCUUGCGCAUGAGUCACCUGCAGGAGCGUGUGGACCUGCUGGCUGUUAAAGUCACCCAGCUGGACUCGACUGUGGAAGAAGUCUCACUACAGGACAUCAACAUGAGGAAGGCGUUUAAGAGUUCCACCAUUCAGGAUCAGCAGGUGGUGUCACGUGCCUCUAUCCCCAACCCUGUCAUGGAGAUUUACCAGUGUGGAGACAAACCACCUCCACUCAAUAUCCUCACACCGUACAGAGAUGAUAAGAAGGACGCGCUGAAGUUUUACACAGACCCGUCAUACUUCUUCAACCUCUGGAAGGAGAAAAUGCUGCAAGCCACAGAGGACAAGAGGAAAGAGAAGAGACGGCAGAAGACGAGCGGUCCGGCUCAGGCUCACACGGCCCAGUCUAAGUCCCUGUCCAGGCAGGCCGCUCCCAGAAGUCCCCUCUUCUGCUCUGAGCAGCAGAAGCAGGUAGAGGAACCAGGUCGUGAGGUGAAGAAGGUUCGGAAAGCACGUAACCGCAGACAGGAAUGGAACGUGCUGGCUUACGACAAAGAAUUUCGCCCCGAUGCUCGCUUUACACCCUCCCCAUACCACGGCAUGUCGUCAGAGGGCUCACUUUCACCCGACAACAGGUCGGUGUUAUCAGAUGUAGGUGAACACUCGUAUCCUGGCAGCCCAAAUCGGCCUGGACAACAAACGCCACCAUGCAGUGCUCACUCCACCACGGACAGCAAAGAGCUCAUCCUCACUCCCACCCAGACUCUGCAGCGAGGCUACCGGCCCACUGGCACCCUGUCCACUCCAGCUGGGAGAGACACGCUGGAAAGAAUCCAAGCUUCACACACAACCCCGCCCACUGACCCCACCGUCAACGGCCCUCGCCCAGCUCAGGCUAAAGACUACAGCAUUCAACAAUCCCAGCACUCCGAGUUCUUCAUCCCUCCUGCUCCUCCUCCUCCACCUCCUCCACUCAUCCCCUCAGCUCAGACAGCCUUUGACAGCCCGACUGCUCCCUCCUCCUCCUCUUCCUCCUCUCUUCCUGCCAGCACCAUGGCCUCCCUAUCCCGCCCCUACGGCUCUUCUCCUCCCGCAGCUCCUCCACCACCUCCAUCCGGACCCCCUACACACACACACCCACUCACACACAGCCUGCCUUCAGCCCCCGCUGACCCGGCAGCACCCAGGAAGGUUCAGGUGCCCCUGGUCCCCAUGAGUGACGCUAGGAGUGACCUGCUAGCUGCCAUACGCCGAGGAAUCCAGUUAAGGAAAGUGCAGGAGCAGAGGGAGCUGGAGGCUAAGAAGGAGCCUGUGGGCAAUGAUGUAGCCACAAUUCUGUCACGCCGCAUUGCUGUGGAGUACAGCGAAUCAGACGAGGACUCUGAGCUGGAUGAAAACGAGUGGUCUGAUUGAAGGAGAGAGCAGGAGGCCAGAUGAGAGGACAGAAUAAGGCAAACAGGGAUGAGAUGUUCAGAAGAGCACAAGUAAUUCUGCCGAGGGCUACUUUUCUAAAAGCCUGACUGAAGCCUCGGUUCUUUGUCCCCCAGAGACCAGAGGCUGGAGAAAACUCCCACAGUAACAGAUAGUCCAGGUUUUGCAUGUUUAUAGGUUUAUAAAUUACAACUUAAAAGUUUAUUUCAUAUCUGAGGCAGGUGUUGAGAGAGAUGCCUAGACAUAGGGCUUAGGAAAUAAAAAUAUAUAUUAAGCACAAAAUUGCAGUGCAGGUGAGAUUCAAUGUAUAAGGUCUGUUGACUCACAAGGUAAAUUUUUGAGGAACUAAACAAAAAUCAUUCAAUUUUAAAUAGGUUAAAUAUGUCUAAUAGGAUAUAACCACAUCCUAUAGAAGUAGAAGGUUCAGGCAAAAAUAUAUUUGUAGCCUCUAAAUUCUUAAAUUUCCUGGUCAGAUUAUUAAAAAGCAAUACAAAGCCUACAGAAAGUAAGACUCAAGACUGUAAGCUAAUAUUCGCUACUAUUAGCAAAUUAAAUUACAAAUGUAAAGCAUCACUUAUUCACUUAUUAUGUUUCGUGGCUAAAUGAUCACUGUGUGGUGUAGUGUGUGUGUCAGUGUUAGUGAUGUGCAUCCAGAAUGUGAUUCCCACUGCAAAAUAACUGCCAGAGAGCGACGGCCAGUCAGACUGUGUACAAAGGAGGGCUAUGUUCAUUAACACGGGGACGUAUUGGACAUGGCAGGAUGCUUGUGCGGCACUGUGUAACAAAUGCUUUAUUCUGUUUAGAAUGACUGGAAACAGAACCAAGUUCAUUAGUGUUGAGGCAGGUAUAAAUAACAGGUAAUGGGCAGAAUUAGACAGAUCUUACAAUUCUUUAUGGAUUGGGAUUAAUAAAUAACGAAUAAAUAAAUAAAUUACACCUCAAUUAGCUGGUUUAUGGAACAAGAUAACACAGCUAUCCUAUUGUAUUGUAUCCUAACGUCUCCUAAUGGAAGUUUUUUUGGUAACUAAUCCUACUCCUGGUCCGAAAGAAGUUUUUGCCACAAUUUACACUACCAUGUGUGUCCAGCAGGAUAAAGCCCACACACUAUGACUCUUGUGCUAUAAAUCACGCUCCAUGUGCUCCUGCCAUCUGCCAAGUUCACAGCUCCUCACACUCACUCACUCACUUUCUCCUUCUUCUUCAAUUUUUUUUCUUGCUCAUUUCUCGUGUUUGUAGAUGAGGCAGCUGUUAGCCAGUUGUCCUUCUAAACCUACACAGAUUUUUUUUUUUUUACAUGCUCAGAAGCUCAAACCUGGACCCAGAUGAAAUAGUUUAAAUCACAGCUAUUCCCUCUACAGCACAGUUCAGCAAUAUGAAGGAUAUAAAUGUAUACAUGGUUUAUUUGACUGUGUCCGUUUAGCACGAUGUAACAUUUUAUGCCAGCGAAGGAAAAGGAUAAAAUAUAUACUGUAUCAUAAAGACAUUCAUCUGGAUUUCUUAAGAUGCCACGUUUUAAAAUGUUGCUUAUUUUCUAAAAAAAUAAUCUAAUGGAGCAAACAUAUUUGAUUUCUAAUUCAUUUAGAUAUGGAGUGGUUCAUGGGUUGAGUUUUGAAUAUUUUCACUAGAUAUCUUGUAUACAGAUGUUCUGUAUCCCGCUCUCACUAGUAACAUAAACACAAAAAGAAGGAUAAGACUUUUAUCAAACAUACCAGACUUACUAACAGUGCCAUAGCAUGUGCUUUGGAAGAAUUCUUUGCCUUUUUUUUUUUUUAUUUGAGGGGUUUUAUUUCUUCUACACCCUUUUAUUUCCUUCUGUUUGUGUAUUUUGUCCAUAAUCUGUCCAAAGUAAAUUUAUUGUUUUUAUCCAAAAGCUUAUAUCGUGCAACUGACAAAAAGGAAAGUGCCAGGUUUGGGAAUAUGAUCUGUAGAUUGUCUUUAUUUUUAUUUUUAUUUUUUUUAUUUUUUUUUUGCUGUUGUAUAUAAAAAUUUAAGCCUGCUUGUAAAGUAAUCACAGUAAGAAGUUGGAGUGUCUAUGUUAAAAAAAAAAAGAAAAAAGAGCAAGCAUUCAGUGUGUGUUUAUGAAGAAGCUGUAGGCCAGUACAUGCAUGUCCUUAAUGGCCAAUAAAAGCCCACUGAUAGAAACA